AUGGAUACUGACAAGAUGCACAUGCAACAGCAAAUGCAGCAUCUGCAACCAACGCCGACGUUUGUGUUCAGCAGCAACGACACCGGAAAUAGCGGUUUCGCGGCAUGCCGAUCGUCACCGCCGCCUGGACUCGCAAUGGGUGGCAGUGCUAUCAACGCACCGGCAGAGCCGGCAGCGACCAUGUCGACACCCCCGGCGGGCACGUGGAUGACGCCCACGUCGCAAGGUUUGCGCCCGCGACCGGCCACCAUUCAGGAGGGCUUUUCGUACUCCAUGGGCGAGACAUAUGGCAGUUUGACGUCGUGGGAUUCGGCGACGCUGCCGAUGCAGCUGACACCCAGCGACACGACGAUGUCGAGGCCGAUGUCGAUGCACCAGGAGUUUUACCCGGGCAGCAAUGGCAACUGGAUCCAGAAGCCGUGCGACGACAGCCUGGACUUCCAUCUGGACGGCGAAAUGGGCCUUGGACAGGCGUACACGACAGACGAGGCGAUCCCAAUCCUGGACCUGCGGUACGCUGGCGGAGCGGCAAUGGACGGCGAAGGACUCACGUUUGACAGCGGGCUGCGCCCACGGCGGAUGUCGGGCUCGUCAUUCACCAUGUCGACGUCGGGCGGGUUGUCGGACAUGCCGUCAUACGAAGACUUUUCGGCCGCGCUGUCGGAUGCGCCAUCGUACACGUCUGACUACCGACCGCCGUCGAACCGAAACUCGCUGAUGUCGUCGACGCUGUCGCCAGUGGCCUCGCCGCGCAUGACGCCGCAGAGCCGGUCGGAGCUGGUGCGUACGCAGAGCCGCGGUCGAGCAUCGCCGUCGCCGCGGCCGACAGUGCGAUCGGCGCCGUACAGCGUCGACGGCUCGCGGACGAACAAGCGCUGGUCGACGGGGUCGUACGCGACGAUGCCCAGCCGUCGGUCGUCGCCGUAUGCCUACUACGGUACGCCAACACAGGCGCCAACCAGCAGCUGCAGCAACCACGAGCCGUUUGGGCCGCGCUUGGCACCGCCGUCGUUGUCCUCGUCGCCGACGAUUGGCGGCGGCCAGCUGCCGCUGAGUCUCGGCAACCUGCAGCAGGCCACCGUGGCCGCGGCUGCGGCGGCAGCAGCAGCAGGCUGCGGCGGCCAGCCGUUGUCGACAUCCUUCUUCCUCCCGAACAGCGCGCAGACGACCGCAGUACCUGGAUUCGCGCGGCACAGCAUGCUACUGCCGACACAGCUGCCCUCGCAGGCCGGCGCCAUGGCCUUCCACCACCACCCGCAUAUCCUAGACGGCAGCCACGGCAGCUUCUCAGGCGCCCACCACCUUUCAGCUGCCAGUCACGGGAUGCACCACCACCAACAUCAGAUGGUCCCCAGCCAGCACCAGCUGCAGCACCAGCUUCAGCACCAGCACCAGCUCCAGCUCCAGCACCCAUACCAGCACCCACACCAGCUACUGCCCCACGCCCACCCGCUGGGCCACCCGCACCAUCUGGGCAGCAGCAGCAACACGAGCCCGUUCGACACGGUGAUGAUGCCGGGCAGCGCGCUCCCGCACGGGCUCUUCCGGAUGCUGCAGAGCAACGGCGACCCGCACACGCUGCAUGGACACUACACGGACCUGUCGGACCCGCCGGACCUGUACUCUUCGCUGCACGAGGAGCAGCUGCCGCCACCGCCCGAGGACAUGAACCCGGAAGACCCCGACAUGGUGCCGCACGAGCAGGAGCUGCGUUUCAGCGGCGACCUGUACACGCCGCGGUGGGUGCGUGGCCACGGCAACAAGCGUGAGGGCUGGUGCGGGAUCUGCAAGCCGGGCCGCUGGCUCGUGCUGAAGAACUCGGCCUUUUGGUAUGACAAGAGUUUCACGCACGGCGUCAGCGCAGCCACGGGCAACCCGUUUCAGGAGCCGCAAGAGACGCGGCGCAUGGACGGGAACCCAGACUGCCACACACAUCAGAAGAUCAAGGACGCCCCAAAGAGACGACGCGAGAGCAACCAUGCGAGAGCCACUGGCGGCCUGGCUGCCGGUAUGGCCAAGCAGCCGUACGACAACCAGAUGUCCGGACAGACGCAGGCCACGUCAGCUCCACAGCAGCAGCAGUCGCAGGCCCCGUUGACGCCACAGUUGACGCCGCAGAUGACACCUGCAACCACCUCGGCGGCCACGUCGACUAUGUCGCUGCCGUCAACAGGCGAGCAGCAAAUGGCCACACGGCAGCAGCAGUCGCCGCAAAACUCUCCCCAACAGCAGAAACUGAGCCCACAACGGCAACAUCUAAUGCAGCAGCAGCAGCAACAAGACAACCACCACCAACAACAACAACAACAACAACAACAACGGCGUCUACAACAGUACACGCGGCCUCCACCGCCACCACCGCCACAGAUGCGGCAAAUGCCGAUGCCCUUGACUCACAUCGAAGGCCUGGGCAACAUGAUCUAG